AUGCGGAAGACCCUGGGAGGCAGACAACCUAGCGAAGGCUUCUUGUCGCAUGGUGCUGUGAGAGAUGGCAAUGCACUGGUGAGCAAAGACGGGGUCGCCGCAUGGUGGUUGCUGCUGGAACACCUCACCGAGGGCGAUCUGGAAAUGCUGGAGGCAUUGCUGGUCGAUGAAGAAUUGGCCAGGGCCGGACGGUUUCAUUUCGAACGGGAUCGGCAAAUCUACAUCGCCGCUCACGGGAUUUGCCGCGGUCUCCUGAGCUACCAUCUGGGUCAACCUGCCAAGAACUGGCGCUUCUCCAUUGAAGAUCACGGCAAGCCGGAGCUGAUAUCCCCGGCAGGUGGCCCGAGGAUCCGCGUUAACAUAUCUCACACGAGAGGGCUGGCAGCAGUCGCAUUGACCAGCGAACACGAUAUCGGCGUCGACGUUGAAUGGCGCCAUCGCGAUGCCAUGGUUGAUGAACUUGCGCAACGCAUGUUUGCAGAAAGCGAACGCCGGGACGUUCAGCGCGCGUGCAAGGAGAAAAAGCUCGACAUUUUUUUGGCCUACUGGACGCUGAAAGAAGCCUACGUGAAAGCGAUCGGAAAAGGCCUUUCUCAACCGCUUGAUGCGUUUGAGUUUGAUCUGAAUGGCCUCAAUAUCACCUUUUUGGACCGGUCGGCAGACGAUCCGGACCAUUGGCACUUUGAGCGCUACCAGCCCGGUCCGGAUCAUUUGAUGGCUCUGGCGGUCCGCCACCCUGCAAAGGCAAAUCUCAGGGUAGAAGCAGGACCGGCUCCGAUGGAGUUUCUUCGGAACCUCGCUCAAGCCUGA